AUGGUAAAACGUUUUUAUGAAUACGACAAGGAGGCUUUGGGCUGUGUUCCUGCGGACAAUCAAGGAAUGUCUCCACUGCACAGUAUAAUUAUUUCUCACCUAAUUAAUGAGCUCAAGAAUUAUCCAGUAAAUCCCCGAGAUGCAAAAUGCAGGACACCCUUGUUGUUAGCUUCGGCUGUGGGUGGACAGGAAACUGUCAAAGUUUUGUUGGAUUUUUCUGCUGACGUCGCUGUAAAGGAUUGUAAUCUUCGUUCGGUGUUACAUCUCGCCAUCGGUCACAACAAGACUCUGGAGGCUCUCUUGAAGGCGCCUUUCUCAAAACAGCUUCUAAAAGAGAAAGAUGUCCACGGAUUUGCCCCGAUUCAUUAUGCAGUUCAGACUGGAAGCCUUCAGGAUGUCUCUCUGCUUAUUUCCUACGACACAGCGGUAACAGAGGUCGUAUCUGACUCACUGGACACAGCACUGCAUUUGGCUGCAAGGCAUGGAUUUUCUGACAUAACCGAGAAGUUGUUAGAAAACAGAAACGAACGCCUCAUCAAUGCUGAAAACAACCAGAAGAGAACCGCUUUACAUCUGGCCUGCAUGGAAGGACAUCAUGCUGUUACCGCUGUCCUGGUAGCAGACUCUACAAUACAAGGGGACAUCAAUCAACGGACACCACUUCACCUGGCUGCUUCACAAGGCUCACUGAGAUGCGUUGAGCUUGUCAUCAAGUUUCACCCGGACUGUCUUAACUCCUGGGACCGAAAUGAGAAUACAGCUAUACAUCUAACCGCCAUAGCCGGGCACGCACACAUAAUACAGUACCUGAUGUCCAUUGAAGAGCUAUUCUUUAUGUGUAACGUGCGAAAUAAGAACGCUCUAGACCUGGCUAUUGAUCACGGCAGGGAGAACGUCGCCAUGGUGAUGAUAGGGCAUCAGAGAUGGAAGGAAGCUCUUCACUCCACUAUAAGCGACAGACAGUCUCAAAUAGAACAGCUGGUACAGAAAAUGCCCAGAGUAGUUAAGUGUCUUUUAGAUCACUGUAUCGAGGAAGAAGGCCAGGUUACAGAUUACAAUUACAAGGUAACUUAUGACUUAAGAUUAAUCCAAGGAAUGGAUGCUAAUGGGGAUAAAACAAAACAUUCCCUGAACCAGUUGAGGGCGAUGGUGAAAUACAAAAGAGAGGAAUGUAUCGGUCAUCCGGUUUGUUACAGUUUAAUGAGCCUCAAGUGGAAGAAGUUUGGUUGGAUCACGUUCAUGCUGAAUUUCUUCAUGUUUCUUUUGUUCUUACUUGUACUGACAUAUUUUGCGGUAAAAAGUGAAGGUGAAUCGAAGGGAAACACUUGUGAUGUGGAAUGCAAAAACCAGAGAAAUGACACAUAUUUUGCUGUGACCAUUUUAAUGGCGUUUAGCUUGUUCUCGAUAAUCAAAGAGCUCCUGCAGUUGUACAGACUGCGACUGAAAUAUUUCUGGGAUGCCUCCAGCUAUAUGGAUUGGUCUAUAAACCUGUUAGCCCUGUUUUACCUGAUCUCUAAAGAUCCUGGCUGUUUGUGUAAGACGCCUCUUCAGAUGAAAGCAGCAGCCUUAAGUCUGUUUCUUGGUUGGCUUAAUUUGGUACUAUACCUCCGAAGAUUGUCAACGUAUGGUAGGUUUGUGGUUAUGCUGAUGACUAUGAUACAAACUUUACUCAAGGUUAUCAUUCUGUUUAUCCUCUUUAUUUUGGCGUUCGGAGUUUCAUUCUACAUUCUCAUGGGCAAUUGUCCUAAUUCCUUCGGAUCUCUUCUCAAGUCGCUGAUGAAGACUUUCAUUAUGACGCUUGGAGAGCUGAACUUUGAAAAUACCUACAUGAAAGAUGUUAACGUUGAAGUUCCAGUCCUUAACUUUGGAAUAUUCAUUCUUUUUGCGCUCGUUAUGCCGAUCAUUUUGAUGAACAUGUUGAUUGGCCUUGCUGUUGGUGACAUUGAUAACAUUCAGAGGAAUGCUGUUAUGGAUCGUUAUCGAGUCCAGGUCGAACUUCUUCUAGAGUUGGAAGAAUCCCUCCCAAAAUGGCUUUUACGCCGUCUGACGGUCAAAGAACACACCGAGUAUCCAAAUCACCCAAAGACAAUUUGGACAAAGAUGUGGAUGCUCUUCUGUGAUUUGGGCCGAGUCCAGGGAAAUGAAUAUGAUCAGGGUGACCACGUAUCUGUGACUUUAUCUCAGCUGAAUGAUAAAGUUGAUGAACUAGAAAUCAGAUCAAAAGAGAUGGAAAGAAUUCUUAGCGAACACUUACAAGUUCUGAAUGAGGUGAAUCGUCGGCUGAGAGGUAACGAAGAAGAGGAAGAUUACCAUGGAGUUUGCGAGUACAAUCAGCAGCCCAAGGAAUGCCAAACAUAGAAACACAGAAAUAUGUAUUUGUGACAGGCCAUCAGUACGAGAAUAAGAUCUGUUAGACACAGUGCUUUUCAAACUCCCGGAUGUUUGGUUUACUUGACUGCUACAAGUGUGGCUCGUUUGACUCUUGCAAGAAAAUAAAAAAGGAGGAAAUUUUAAAAUUCAGAGAGAUAACUACACACGAUGAUUAUUUCUUUUACUUAAAUUUGUAAAUUGUAACCGCUAAAAAACCCCUUAGGAGAGAAAGUGAAGACAAAAGUUGAUGCAGUAAAGAACAAAGGUCCGACCUGACAGUUCAACAGCUAUAACAGUUUGACAAAGUAAAGCAAACAAAAGCUUCAUUAUUUGCUCUGGUGAACAACAGAUUUCGGAUUUAACGUCUUCAUAAUUUUCAAAUAGAAGAGAAGAG